AUGAGAACUGGCUCUUUUAGAAUCAAGAGUGGAGCCAGCCAAAUCAAAGGAGGCCCACAACUUCCUAAUAUUAUCAAUCAUAAAGCCGGCGGCACUCGAGUAAUGCCGAGGUUUCAUCAAUUUGAUAAUCAAAACGUUCCAAUAACAAGACCUAUUGUUACCGCAAAUAGUGAGCAUGAAGGAGCACAAUCCAGGCAAACACGUCAAGCACAACCACUUGCUCCAUUACCACAAAAUCUCGAUUUUGAUGCUGACAUGUGUAUGGACGAGCUUUUAAAGACUUUAGAAAAUAACCCACUUUCUCAAACAAUCGAAGUUUACAUUCGCGCUGCAUUAGAUGCUCAAACAGUUAUUUUCUGGCAAGAAGUUCCAAAUCUCCAAUUACUUUACUCUCCAACAUUAAAAAUUACUUGCCAACAUACAGAAGGUAUCGUCGGAAAUGCAUUCUUCACACGUCAGCUCUCCUCAGCUGCUUCUGGACAAGAACAUCCCGCAUUUAAACCCGAAUUCGAUGGAAAAUUCUGUCCAAACAACUCCCCAGUUAUGGUAUUCCCAAUCAUCGACUACAACAACUCUAUUAUGGGCAUUUGUCUUGCAAUUCGUCCAUCAGGAUCCCAACCAUUUACAAAAGCCAUGGAGAACUUCUGCCAAUGGUUCACUCGCAAGCUUAGAUCCCUUACAAGAUGGGUAAAGCCAAAGAAAGACUUCAGCAUUCAUCUUCUUGACGUUACUCAGAUCCAAAGAACAGAUCAGUACUUGAAGACAACCCUUGGCAAGAUCGCAUCCUUCUUCUCAUGCCGCGCUGCAGAGAUCUGGAAACUCGAUAAAACAUCAGGAGAAAUGACUUGUUUCUCUGAUGAUGUUGUUCUUGUCAACCAAGACGCUUCUGGCAUUGCCGGUAACUGCCUUCUCAAAACAACCGUUGUAAACUGUCCGAAAUGCCAGUUACAUGCUUAUUACAACCCAACAUCCGAUGGAAACCUCAACGAAGCAGUUCUCGCAUAUCCUAUUACAGAGAGCCAAGCGAAUACCGCAUACUGCGUUAUUCUUCGUGGCCCACAAUCAAAUUCGAUUUUUACAGCCGAAGAUGAAGAGUUUCUCAAGCAAGCAGCUCCUCAUUACGUACUCAGCCUUGAGAAUGCAAACACAUUCUCCAUGGCCGAUGACGAAUUCCAGCAUGUCCACAUGGAAAGAGAAUCUCUUGGCGCAUUACUUGAAGUUGCCGAGCUACUUGGUAACCAACGUGAUAAGGACAAGCUUCUCCUUACUAUCAUGGAGAAAGGCCGUCAAUUAACAAACGCAGACAGAUGUGCCUUAUUUAUUGUCAAUGACGACAAAGACAAACUCAUUACAUCAUUCCAGAAUGGUCUAGAGAACGCAAUUACCAUCCCUAUCAACAAGGGUAUCGCAGGACAUACAUACGCCGAGCGAACAAUUAUGAAUAUCACCGACGCAUACGAAAACCAAUACUUCGACCCUACUACAGAUAAAGAGACCGGAUACAGGACACGCUCCAUUCUCUCUGUCCCAAUCUACAACAACCGUACCGAGAUUAUCGGUGUUACAGAGAUGAUUAACAAGAAUGACAACAAACCAUUCACACAAUGGGACAUAAACGUCAUCCAGAUCUUCAAUGUCUUCGCGGGCAUCUCCCUUGAGAACGUUUUCCUCUACAAAGAAGCCCAAGAAAAAGGAGAACAGCUCAGAUCAUUGUUGGAUGUUUCCUUCUCCAUUACGAAGCGCGAGGAUGUACAGCGUCUUCUUAAAGACAUCCUUUCCAAUGCCAGGAAACAGAUCAACGCAGAGUGUUCUUCAUUAUUCCUUCUCGACGAAACAUCGGACUCUUUGACAUCAUACAUUGCAGAUGGCGGAACAUUACCUCCAAACUUACCAUUGAGUUCCGGAAUCGUUGCUUAUUGCGCCAAAUCAAAGAAAGGAAUCAUAAACAACGAUGUCUAUCAUUCCCCAGAAUUCAACAGAACAGUAGAUAUAUCUACAGGAUUUAAGACAAAUUCAUUACUCGCUGUUCCUGUUUUAAGUGGUUCUGGUGAAUUAAUAGGUGUUGUCGAGAUGGUCAAUAAAGUUGACAAUUGCUUUAACAACAAAGAUCUCGAGAUUGUCCAGAAUUUCGCAGUUUUGAGUUCUGUUGCCAUUGAAAAUGACAGACUCAAAGGCAUCGCAACAAAUGGAUCAGCUGAUGUCGAGAUGUCUAAAUGGAUUACAGAACCAGAAAGAACACUUACAGAUCAGAUUCCUGCGAAGUUGAAAUUAACAGAAGAACAACAAAAAGUUGCUUCUUCCCUCAAUUUCUUCUCACCAGAUUUCAGAGGAAUCAACCACAUCAGAGAACUGUUUUAUUUGUUCUCCAAAUUCAACAUUCUCAGAGAUUUCAAGAUUUCUAAUGAGCUCUUCUUCAGAUUCAUCUACAAGAUAAGGUCAACAUACAACGAUGUUCCUUAUCACAACUGGAUGCACGCAUGCGAUGUCACAGAAUACGUCGCUUACGAGCUGAAGACAUCAGGAUUUGAUGAAAUGUUGAGUCCUCUUGAAAAAUUCGCUUUGUUACUUUCAGCUGUUUGCCAUGAUGCAAAUCACGAAGGUUUCAACAACAUCUUCAACAUCAAAGCGCAAACACCACUUGGUUUGUUGUUCAAGGACACAUCUGUCAUGGAAACACACCACUUGACAGUUUCUAUUGAUAUAUUGAGUGAUGAUUCAUAUAAUUUGAUUUAUUCACUCAGCGAAGAAGACACAAAGAAGAUGUGGCAGAUGAUGAUACAGAACAUUCUCGCUACAGAUAUGGCAAAGCACUUCGAAAUGAUCAAGACAACUAAAGCAUUGGUUGACGCGGGAGAGUUCGAUCUAAAUAAGGAAGAACACAGAAGAAUCGCUAUGUCUCUUUUGUUGAAAGUAGCAGAUAUUUCCAAUGUUUCACGUCCAUUCGAAUUGGCUGAUAACUGGUGUGAUAUCUUGAAUGUCGAAUUCUACAGACAAGGUGACUUAGAAAAGGCGACUGGAAUUGGUUUGACAUCUCCAUUGAAUGAUCGCGAACAUCCAGAUAAACCUAAGUCACAGAUUGGUUUCUAUAACUUCGUCUGCUUGCCAUUGUAUAACGUUGUUGCUACUAUCUUCCCUAAGCUCCAAGUCAACGCUGAUUCAGUCAAGUCUAACUUGGCUGUUUGGAUGGAAUUGGCUGAGAAGAAGAAGAAAGAAGACGAAGCAAAGGCUGCAGCUGCCGGUGCUGCACAACCAGCUCCUGCUCCAGCUGCUAAGUAA